AUUCAGCUCGCAAAAUGGAUACUUCACGAAAAAGGAAUGACGAAGAUAUUGAUAUUGCCGUGCGCAUUCAUCCUAAAAAAGAUAUCGACCACGAUUGCAACUCAUGACUCGCAGGAGAAGCCGUGCCACAUAAGAGUGUAGAUGUAGUUGCUAUAGAAGCUCCUGCUACAUAAGCAUCAUUUGCCAUAAAAUUUGAUAUUCAGCGCUAGUGCAAAAGGCGAUCAAUCGAGCGACUCCAACCACGAGACCAAAACCAUGAGCGCGACGGCCGCGAGUAGCAGUACCACCGCCACCACAAGUGGUGUGCGGAAAGACAAUGCCAAGUUGAAAAAUGCCAGCAAGCAGGAAAGCAGCAAGCUGGAAACGGGGCUGGUGUUCGAAGAUGUCGAUAUGGGUGCAAGUCUGGUGACGGAGGAGGUCGAGAUGGACGGGGAGGUGGACAACGAAAAUGGAGACGCGAAGCAAAAGUUUGCCCCCCUCUCGGCGGAACAAGCGCUGUCGUCCAAGAAGACCCAGCAGACGAACCUGCUCAAGCAAAUCAGGCGAAUCAUCGUGCCGCAACACCGAUUUUCCCCGCUGAGGAACCACUGGGAAGACAUUCUGAAGCCGUUGGUGGAACACAUGAAGCUGCAGGUUAGGAUGAACACCAAAAAGCGCGCGGUGGAGAUCCGCAUGUCCAAAGCAACCAGCGACAUCGGAGCGCUCCAGAAAGCUACGGAUUUCGUCAAGGUAUGAAUAUUCUUGAAAUCAUAUGUAUUGGCAAUGAUGAUGUUGUAGAUGAACUCUGACUUAUGUUACCACAACAGAAAUAGUGCACUCUUCGUGGGUGCACCGUUCCUUUUCGAUUUUUUCGUGUGCGGAAACAGAACAAAUUCGAACUGCUUCCUCGAUUGCUGGAUCCUUGGAUGAGUCAUUUCGGAAUAGUUUUGAAUGAAAAUCACCCCACGACCAGGCCUUCAUGAUGGGUUUCGACGUGCAGGAUGCCAUCGCACUUCUCCGGUUGGACGAUUUGUUCAUUUCUUCCUUCGAAGUGAAGGACGUGAAGCGCUUGCAGGGCGACCAUUUGAGCCGGUGUAUCGGCCGCAUCGCGGGCAAGAACGGGCAGACCAAGUAUGCUAUCGAGAACGCCACGCGCACCCGAGUGGUGGUCGCGGACUCGCACAUACACAUCUUGGGCAGCUUUUCGAACAUCAAGUUCGCGCGCGACGCUAUCUGCAGCCUCAUUCUUGGUCAGGCACCCAGCAAGGUCUACCAGCACCUGCGAACCGUCACAAAACGGGUGCAGGAACGGCUGUGAGCAUAGGGAAGAAAACGGUAAUCGCGCACUGGAAUUUUUCAUUAUGAUUUAGUCCGUUGUACCGGUAAUCGAGACUGCUGAACUCGUCCGGAUGUUGAUUGCGCUUACUUUUGCAAAGGUUCAUAUAGAUGGCUCUUUUUUUCCAUAAAAAAAAAACCGCUAAAGUUGCCG